GCCCUCCCCCCGGGGCGUGCGAGCGGCUGGACGCCGGGCUGUGUGUGUGGACGCUCGGCACGGGGCAGGGCCCGGAGCUUUGCCCAGGCUGGCGCGGCUCGUUCGUGGCCCCGCACCGCCGCUCUCUCCCGACGGCUCUGAGAGACACGCGGCUCCUCCAGUGGCAGCUCCCGCCUCGGGACUGACAGCCGGGCCCCGCGUACUGAAAGGCCGGGGUGGGGCCGGGGGCCCGCCGCUGCCAUUGCCGCCCGGGAAGGUCCCCUGGUGGUGGUGGUGGUGGGGGGGAGUUGGUCCUGCCACAACCCCCCCCUUAACCCCCCCCCCGCAGCAGGAGCGCUGCGAACCCCUUGCAACCCCCCUGGUGCGGGCUGGGCGGGGGUGGGCUGACAGUGUGUGCGGGGGAGGGGGCGCAGCCAGGCUGGAGAUGCCGCCCUAGCCGCGGCAGGGGGAGGAGGAAGCCGCCAGGUCCCUCCUAGCCGAGUGCAAGGAGGGAUGGUCCGGAAAUCCCGUGAUAAAAAGAGGGAGCGGGGCAAGCGGGAAGCUCUCGGCUCGGUUCGGCUCUAACUUCAGGGGACCGCUCCGGCCCGCGCCUUGCUGCGGCUCCCCCAUGGACCCGGCCGGCUGGAGCUGCUAGGGCAAGCGUCGAGCCCCCGCUGCGGACCCGGAGGGGCAGGCCGCGACCCGAGGACUCCUUCCCGUUCGACUUGCAUGUGAGAUCUGCCCGAGCGAGGAGGAAUCUAAAGCCAUCACCAUGGAUUUUGUUAUGAAACAAGCUUUAGGAGGGGCUACCAAAGACAUGGGGAAGAUGUUGGGAGGAGAUGAAGAGAAAGAUCCUGAUGCCGCCAAGAAAGAAGAGGAACGACAGGAAGCCCUGAGGCAGGAAGAGGAGGAAAGGAAAGCCAAAUAUGCAAAGAUGGAGGCUGAAAGAGAAGUGAUGCGACAAGGGAUUCGAGACAAGUACGGGAUAAAGAAGAAGGAAGAAAGAGAAGCCGAGGCCCAGGCCGCACUGGAAGCCAACGCUGAGGGGAGUCUGACACGUCCAAAGAAGGCCAUACCCCCCGGCUGUGGGGAUGAGGAAGAGGAGGAAGAGGAGAGCAUUCUAGACACAGUCAUCAAAUAUCUACCUGGCCCUCUUCAAGACAUGUUCAAGAAGUAAUGGCUGCAGCCUGUUAGACUGUCAUGAACAGUAAAGCAAUGGAUUUCUCAAAUGAGAAUUUACAAUCUUGCCACACAUCACACAACCCCACUCUCUUCCUCCACUCUAACCCCCCGUCCCCAACCUCUCCCCUGGCCCCCUGAGAUUCCAUCCAUUCCUAUUUUGUACAUAGUCACAUCCAGUAGACGCCUCUGAAUGGAUGUAAGGAUUAAUGAGCUGCAGUCUACACAACUUUUAUUAUAAGCCAUAGUACUAUGUAUGUUAAAUAAGGCAACUGUACAUUAAACAGAGCAAAGGAAAAGCCUCAUGUUUGUUUCCACCCAAAGCAGGAAGGAGUGUUCACUAACAGUGAGCAGUGGCUUCUUUUAUUUUCCUUAAUUAUUAUUAUAAUUUUUAAUAUGAUAGUUGAUCAAGCCACCCUGGUUGUUCAUUGUUGGGUACAUCUCUUGUAGCAAGGGAUGCCUCCAUCUCCCAUGGAAACAGACCUUUUCCAUUUUAUUCCAUAACCCUCAUAAAUAAGAGAUCAUUUGGAAAGUGAACCAUGUGCAACUCCUAUCUCCAACACCAUUCUCAGAGCUGUGGAAGAGCUGAGCCUUCCUCACCAGGUGUUGAUGGUAGAAACCAGCCGCCUCAGAAUCUAAGCAAGAGUCUUGUUGCUUUGGGAAUAGCCAUACAAUGAAUAGCAUGACCAGAGUGUAGUGUGAACGGUGCUGUCAUUAGAUCUAGACCAGACUGGUUCGGUGGUGUUGUAGUACAGAACUUCCCAACCCAGGGGCCUUAUAAGCCCACCACUGAGUGGAGUGGAUACUUAGACUCCUCAACCUCCCUCUUUCGGCAAAGAUCCCCAGUGGCAUAUUCAAUCAUGCCGUUCCCAGCUGUGUUUCCAGGAAUGGCAUUCCAGCUCCAGCAAAUGCUGUGGCUAUGCUCUGUUCCCCCCGGUAGCAUCAGAGAGGGGUGGGCUUCUGGUCAGAGAGCAGGACCAGGAGGCAGGAACUGCUCCUGAGUUCUAGUCUCCAUUCUGACUCUAAUUCCCUCUGUGACCUUGAACAAGUCACUUAACCUCUCUGUCCCAGUCCCCCCAUCUAUACACUGGAGAUAAUAAUACUUACCUACCUCACAGGGAUAUUGUGAGGGUCAACAGGUGAAUGCUUGUAUAGUGCUGCACAGGGGCUAAGUAUUAUUAUAACGUUGGGUGGCAUCGCUGGGUAUUUACCCAGUAAAUACCCUUGCAUAUUUACCCAGUGAUGGGAAGGUGGGACCAGGACUCUUGUACUGUCACAUUUAAAACCUUCUCAAAUUCAGAUGGAUUUAGAAUGUCUCCCAGCCUAAUGGUGUCAGACAACACAUUGUCCCCAGACAAUGCUGUCUUGCUACCGCAGUGAGUAUAUGUGUACACUCUUAUUUGUUACACAGUUAUUCAUCAUUUCAUCUGGUCUGUUAUUUGUAGAGCUGACCUUCGGUUCUGGGACUCUCUCAGCUCAGAGUCACUGUAAAUGUCUGGAGCUUCUGGUCAGCACCAUGUCUUGAUCUCAUGAGAAAAGAAACGGUCUCAGGUGACUUCUAACAAGCUGAUCAUUUGUCUGGCAGCAUUACACUGCCACAUGCCCUGUGCUAGCCCAGGCUUGGAAAACAAAUGGUUACUCGUUAUUUCGAACAUAUUUGCAAGUAAAUAGCCACUUAGCAUGGACGGCAGCGGGGAAAAUAUCCCAUAGAUGCAGAUUUAGUAGGAGACGUAAUUCAGCUCUGUGUGCCUGCUGCCGACUGGUGCUGAGAACGAGAUGUUUUUAUUUGCUAGUAUAAAACCGACUGUUGAGUUAAGUACGCCUGGGAUUGCCAUUGUAGAAUAUCCUGUUCAUCAACAGCCAAAUUGUAGGACUGGUGCCAAUUCAGGCUGGGGUUGGUGGGUGCAUUGCUGUUGACUUCAGUGGCAGUGUGCCUGCUUUAUUCCCUGUGAGUCUGGCCUGAGGGGUUUUGCUCUGAAUACCCAUUCUGAAUUUUAUUUUUUCUUGAGCUCGAUAAAAUCUUGGGGUCAGAUUCUCUGCCGGUAUAGACAGACUACACUUCCCUGCAGUGAGCAGCGCUACACCCACUGAGUACCAGCAGAGAACUCGGUCCUUACAUGCCACAGAUAGCAUGUGAGCAAUCCCAUUGGCUCCAGUGAGACUAUUCAUAUGCUUAAAGCUAGGCACAUGCUUAAGCAUCUUUCUGAAUGGGGCUCCUAAUUAGAUUCUUACAUGAGCCAGGCAGGAGCAAGCUGUGCUGGAUUUAAGCAGGGGAGGUGGAACAAGGCUGUAAACACAGUCCCUUUAGCAUCACCCAUAGAACCACACAUACCAACUGCAACAGACGGCCUACGGGAUGUACGCUCCCUGCCACUUGUGGACUGAUGUAAUGAGCAUGCUCCAAACCCGUAGCGCAUGCUGGCGGACUUUUGCUUUCCUUCGAAGUCAGUGUCCAGAGAAUUCGCUAGAGUAGGAAUGGGAUUUAGAAAACCAGCCCCAGGAAAGUUGUGUGCUGGAUGCUGAGAGCUGCAGGUCAGCCUCCCAUGGGCAAAAGCAGAAUGUUGUGACUUCUUAAGAUAGCGUCAGCAUUGUUUGCCCUUGCUUUCACUAAAGAGAGACGAAUUUCCCUGCUCAGACUUCAAUCGCCCGCAUUGUUUCUUAUCUGUGUGCCUAGAUUUGAUACCAGAGCAGCUGUCAGUGAUUUGUCAUUUCCUAAUGAAAGCGCUCUGUUCUCCCUUUCCAGAGCUAGCAAGCUCCCGCUUGUUUCCAUUUAAAGUAUAAAAAUCCUUCCUCAUCCUUAAAGCCAUCCUCACCCCCAGCAGACUGCAAAAACUACUGUAGGUUCCACAGAGUAAGUGGACAUUGCUCACUCUGCACCUGCUUUAGACACCAGUCGUCCUUUGGCCAUCAGCGUUGAUUUGCUUUCCUCUCCAUGCAAGCUCUAUUCCCGAGGCACAAGCAUGCAAGCUCUAUUCCCGAGUGCCUGCUGUCUUGCCUUUUCUUUUCUCUUGUUGUUCUAUGUUGGGUUUUUCAGGGUCUGCCUUGCGGAGAGAAAAUACAUCAUUAUAUCCAGCUCCAGGUGACUUUACAAGACUUUGGUUUAAUCGAAUGGGUCACAGCGGUUGAGCCAUUCACUGAUUGGGUCCUGGAGUAGCUAAUACAAGAGCCUGUGCUGCAUGGUCUCUCGGAUCAGGAGUAAGUGUUGCUGCUCCUGGGGGGACAAGUGGGUUUGUUUUUUAAAAGUUCCAUUCCCCUUUUUGAUUUGGCCUCCUAGGAGACUGAAAUUGAGCAAAAAUAUGGGGCCUAUGUAGUCUUUCCACUGGGCUUGGAAUCAGGAUCAUAAAGCAGAAUUGGGAGAGUCAUUUGUCUAGCAAAAUUCACAAGGUCUAUUACUGGUGCCAUCAGAACCAUUGUAGGGUUUCCCAGCUCAUCGCAUCUGUAGCCAAUAUCCCUCUCACCUGAGCUCCCAAUGUAUGGUCUAGUCCUUCUGCCAUUAAACUCAACUGGAGUUUGCCAUUGACCAUGGACUUCUGGGGGAGCAGGUCUGAGCCCACAGUUUUUAUAUUGUCAUUCGUUCAGUAAAGAAACCUGAUGGAUAGGGUACUCUGCCUGUGAAUUACAUACAGGUCAGUCCCUAUGGGAGAGAAAGGCAGCAUGUGCUGACAAGAUUUGCCUCAAAUUACCUUUUGGACCUUGACUAAGUUAUUGGUCAGCUCAGAGGGUUUCUCCAGCUCCAAAGUGCCUCAACAGCUUUGAAUGAAAUUGAAAUGGGCACUUCCCCAACCCCGAAUUUGACAAUCAUCACCCCCAAUCCCUUCAGCUAACUUGCAUUGUGCAUGAACGUGAAGAGCACUGUAAAAAUGCCACAUGCUCGGUGCUCAGUCAGAUGUCAAAGCACUUAAACAAGACCAAAGAGAAACAUGGUUCAUUGUUUGGAUUCUGAAUAUCUCUUUGUCUUUCCGUGCCAUCAUUUUAUUUGCAUCACCAAUAUGUUCAAUCUCAGGAAAAUGAGGUCUUCUGUUUUUAAUUGGUUUUUAUUUACACAGAAAGGUGGGCAGCCAUUUUUUUUUAUUUUUUUUUUUGCCAUUCUUUCUCCUUCAUAACUCCAGGGCCUUUCUGUUUAAUAAAAAAAAAUCAAGAGGUCUCCACUUUGUGGAGGGCAGCUAAUUUAGUUUGACAUUGCCCUUCAUGGACUUACAUCUAUCUUUAGAGAAAGCCAUAUGAAAUCAGACUGCAAUAUUAAUUAUGAAUGCUACUCUGUGUUAAAAAAAAGAGAACAGAUCAUGUGCUAAAUCACUCUGGCGUUUCUCUGUCUAUGUUUCUAGUAUUGUAUGUUAGCCUAGUUUUUCCCUAGCCCCUUCCCUUUGUCAAAGAAAGACCAUACCAAUGCUGCUGACCACAUCUUUUUGACAAGCUUACCGCACCAAUAUAACUGUUGUUUGCAAUCAACUGUUGUGACCUGAAUGUAAUGUCCUAUGUAUCUGAAAUGUGUCUGUAUCUGUUUUACUCUGUUACCAAGAUAAUGUUUUUCAUGUGCUGAGUCGGUAAUAUGUUUCAGUAACUGUCCUCUAAAAAAAAAAAAUGCUUGUUUUCAUACAUACACACACAUACAUACACACACAAAGGCGAAAC